AUGGCUUGCAAUCCCUGGCCACCAGAGGCCCCCGGACGUGACGUCACGCCCGCCCUCCCUCCAGCCGCCGUUCCGUACGACAAGAUGGCGGCGCCCUGUGGGGAGACAACAUGGCGCCCCCCUUGGAUGCCCCCCGCCCUUCUGUACUUGGCGAUUCCGCCCGCCGAACCCCAGAAACCGCCUGAAUUGCAUCAUUUUCCUUUCCGGUUGAGGAAGCGGGGGAGAUCUGGCCGCUGGGGAGGCGGGAAAGGCCUCGCCGGCUGGGCGCCGCCAUGUUGUACGGAAACCGGAAAUCUGGGGCCCCGCGGCGUGACGCACUUCCGCUUCUGCUCCCUGCUGGGCUGUUUGGUUGGACUGGACAGUUGUGUGUUGUGGGGGGGGAGGUUGGUGGUUGCUGAGCUGCUGGGCCGAGGCGCAGGGAGCGAUUAUUCCGUGUCAGGCACCGCUCCGAGCUCCAGGGUAGAUCCAGGCGAGUUUGGACACAGACCUCAUCCCACAAGGGCCUCCCACCGGGAGCGAGAGAACAGGCGUCGCCCCCCCCAUUUUACAGACCGUGCCGCCUCGGGUCUGACGUCCGUCCGUCCUCGUUGCUGCCGACCCCCCCCCCCCACCCCGGGGGCCGCUCGCCUCCCUGUCCUCCGCAUGGUACAUCCUGCCCGGGAUCGGGGAUCCGCCCGUCCUCCCGUCCCCCUUCCCGCCACCGCUCCCGUCCCCGCCCCCCGGGUCCCUCCUCGGGCCCCCACUCGCGGGGGUCCCUUCCGGGGCCGGGACCCUGGCUCCGGCGGGCCCGCCGGCAUGCCUCGCGCCUAG